UGCGAUGGGGUGGGCGCGCGAGCCAGGGCUGUGACUCUCUCACCUCCGCCCAAACGGAGGUACAGCAUGUUAGCAGGUUCUUGUUCUCGAAAACUGAUUGCUUUCCCAAAAAACCCAACUAAACGAACAAACAACCUCUCCCUUUAAAACCUGCCUAAUGGGCAACUUCAGGACAGAGAGUUACAUCUGCCAAUCACCGCGCGGCAGCCGCGCUACCAGGAGUGAACUAUCCAAACCCCUGGCUCGGCCAGGGACCGACUGGCUUUGAUUCUUACUAGUGGCAGUCUGGUUGCCCAGUGGCGCUGGACUUCUCUGAUUGUCUGGUAGCCCAGCUGGCCCCGGAAGGAAAGUUAUCUUCCGUGUGGGUCACAGCUCCCAGGACCAGAUUUGCUUUAAGCUUGGCUCCAAGCUGUAGGUGCAGACAUUCCCUGCCCCUACUUACCCACAGUUGGGAAAGGGAAAGGAGUUCAGGGGUCGUAGAAACUAAUAGAAAUCAGCCAAGAGUGUUCUAGAAUCUUAAAUGGUAGAUCACUUUUUUGUUUGUUUUUGUCUUGUUUCCGACUUAUUCAGAUGGGCUCCUAGUUAUCCUUCUACCUUAUCUUCUGAGUGUUAGAGGAUUUCAGGCAGAGCUCGGGCACCCGGGUGCUCAACGACCCCUACUCUUUUCUUUUUUUUUUUUUUUUCUUUUGUUUUCGGAGCUGGGGACCGAACCCAUGGCCUUGCGCUUGCUAGUACUCUUUUCUUUUAAAGCCAAAGAUAAGAGCAGUUACAUGUCAAUUCUAGGUUUGUCCCUUUAAGUUAUGGCAGACUCCUUCGUGAAGAAUUGGGACUGAUUCAGUGGCUUGAGGAAGCUUGGGGUCAGAGAGAGACAUGCCCAUGACGGGUUCCCCCUCAGUGGUGGUCAGAGUGGUGCCCAGGACUGAAUGAAAGAGAUGGAAUGGUGUGAGCCCUGCCACACAUGGCUGGUGCAGAUGCUGACAUCUGUGUUAGGCGAGCCUCUUACCCCCCCACCUCCCGCCUCGUGAGAAGCCCGACCUAGGACACUUUGCCAUGGUUGUAGGUUAGCUACAGACAGAACUGGGCCCACUGGGAAUGCUACCUCAAAAUCAAGAAGAGGAAGCUAUAGUCAAGUGAACGUGUUUAUAAACCAUUAAUUGUCUACAGUUGUAAGAGAGUCAGGCUCUGCCUGCUUAGGAUCUGAGAGGUGGCUGCCAAGGCAAACAGGGGAUUGUCUGGGUGCCGAGAGCUGGACCCCGCUGAGGCUUUCAGUCUGCAGGAUGAAUGAAAGCAUCACUUCUGCGUGUGCUGUCCUUGGGACAAUGCUGACAGUUUAUGCUGUGCCCAGGGGAUAGCUGAACCCCCCCUCCCCAUCUCUUCCCUUCUGUGUGUAGAAGAGACUGGGUUAAAGGAUUUUAGCUUCCCAGCUUUCAUGGUCUGUGAUUCACCUUUCAUUUCAAUGACCCCUUUUCUCUGUCCCCCACUAAGACAGCUGCCCUUUACAGUUCUGGGGUGUCGGGCCCCCGAGGAUCCCUGACAAGAAGGUGUUGUUUCUGUUCUGGAAGAAACUCCAGCCACGCCAGUGAACUCUUUUUAGAUUUCAGGAGGUUCAGGAACCAUGGGGUACGAUUCACAAAUCCAUCUCCAGGGGUUAAAUGGAGGCUUUCAAUUGACAUAGCCUCAGAUACUCUGGACACCCCACCCAGCUCCCAUCCCACAGUCAUCCUUAGAGGCCACACAAGACACUAUCAAGCCAGGAGAGCCCCCGCUCUCCUCUCCAGAACAAGGUGUAGAAGCCAGCACCCUACUUGGUUUGGGGGGGGGUACCUGGUAGCAUUUUAUUUCUUUCCCUAGGUAUUCCUUUCUGACCUGUCAUUUAUGAAUACAGUGGUCUUGGAAUUCUCAGUUUCUUGAGCUAGCCCCUCUUUCCUGCUUUUCUUUUUCUUUCUUUCUUUUUUUUCCCCCAGAGCUGGGGACAGAACCCAGGGCCUUGCGCUUCCUAAAGCGCUCUACCACUGAGCCAAAUCCCCAACCCCUUUCCUGCUUUUCUUGGGAGGGUCCUUAGACUGAGGAGUCAAUGGCUUCCCAAGGCGAAGCCCCUUGCUGAGGUCAGGGUUUCCCAGCCAUCUUGCUGUUUUGUUUGAGCGGUGCCUCAGGCAGCAGAGCGCAUGCCUAGCAGGCACAAACCCUGGGUCCAGUCCCCAGCAAGGGGGAAAUGGAGGCAGAAGGAUCAGGAGUUCAAGACCAUCUUCAUCAACCUAGGGAAUUGGAGGUCAGGUCAGGAUCUGAGAUUCUGUCUCAAAAAUAGAACCCAAAAUGGACUGGAGUCUGACUCUGCUUCCAGCCCUCACCCCCUUCCAAGCCCACUGGUGGCAGCUGGGGCCGCUGGAGAGAAAAGCUAGGGCCCGCCCUGGAGAGACCUCACCUCCCUCUUCUCAGGCUGCUGCCGGCUUUCCUGGGCCCAGGGCCACCUGGCGCAGCCUGGAGUUCCUGACCCGUGAACCUCUUAUCCUGACUGCUAUGUUGCUUUGUGGGACAUGCUGGCUCUGGAAGUGACUGUUCUCCGGGGGGGGGGGGUUGGGGGGGAACAUCUUAUCUCCUCACCGAUGAUUACUUCUUUCUUCCCCUGCCCCAAGAGGUCAUUUUAGUUGGAAGGCUAGAAGUACUAUGUUCUGGUUUCCAGGGUGGGCGUCUGUCCAACUGCCUUGGGGAUUUCCAGGCUGUUCUAGUAAAUGCUGGCUGCAAGUCUGUAUGCACAAAUGCUCUCUUUCCCCAAGCUGAAGGCAAAGUUUCAGGAUACUGCCGGUGAGAAUGUCUAAGUGUGCCGUUAGGGUGUCUGGGGAUGGAAUCCCUGAGCUGGCUUUGUACCGUUCCUUUGUUCUCACCGAGGGUUGAUCAUAAAAGUUCCUGAGGAACUACCUGUAUGGCUGGAGGAGUCCUUUAGGACACAGGCUCUGACGCAGGAUGUGUGACCGGAAUGGCGGGCGGCGGCUGCGACAGUGGCUGAUCGAACAGAUUGACAGCAGCAUGUACCCGGGGCUGAUCUGGGAGAGUGAGGAGAAGACCCUGUUCCGCAUCCCCUGGAAACACGCAGGCAAGCAAGACUACAACCAGGAAGUGGACGCUUCAAUCUUCAAGGCCUGGGCAGUUUUUAAAGGGAAGUUUAAAGAGGGAGACAAAGCUGAGCCAGCCACGUGGAAGACACGGUUACGCUGCGCUCUGAACAAGAGCCCGGAUUUUGAAGAGGUGACCGACCGGUCCCAGCUGGACAUUUCCGAGCCAUACAAAGUUUACCGAAUCGUCCCCGAGGAAGAGCAAAAAUGCAAGCUGGGCGUGGCACCUGCGGGCUGCAUGAGCGACGUCACGGAGAUGGAGUGUGGCCGUUCAGAGAUCGAGGAGCUGAUCAAGGAGCCUUCUGUGGAUGAAUACAUGGGAAUAGCCAAAAGGAGCCCAUCCCCUCCAGAGGCCUGCAGGAGCCAGAUCCUCCCUGACUGGUGGGCCCAGCAGCCCAACGCAGGCCUGCCACUGGUGACUGGGUAUACUGCCUAUGACGCACACCAUUCAGCCUUAUCCCAGAUGGUGAUCAACUUUUACUACGGGGGCAAGCUGGUGGGCCAGGCCACCACCACCUCCCUUGAGGGCUGCCGCCUAUCCCUGAGCCAGCCGGGGCUGCCGAAGCUGUAUGGGCCGGACGGCCUGGAGCCCGUGUGCUUCCCGGCGGCGGACACCAUCCCCAGUGAGCGGCAGAGGCAGGUGACCCGGAAGCUGUUUGGACACCUGGAGCGCGGCGUGCUCCUGCACAGCAACCGCAAGGGUGUGUUCGUGAAGCGGCUGUGCCAGGGCCGCGUGUUCUGCAGCGGCAACGCGGUGGUGUGCAAGGGUAGACCCAACAAGCUGGAGCGGGAUGAGGUGGUGCAGGUCUUUGACACCAACAUGUUCCUCCGAGACCUGCAGCAGUUCUACGCCACCCAGAGCCGCCUGCCUGAUAGCAGGGUGGUUCUGUGCUUUGGGGAGGAGUUUCCAGACACAGCGCCCUUGCGCUCCAAACUCAUUCUGGUGCAGGUAGAGCAGCUGUAUGCCAGGCAGAUGGUGGAGGAAGCGGGCAAGAGCUGUGGGGCAGGCUCCCUGAUGCCAGCCCUGGAGGAACCCCAGCCAGACCAGGCCUUUCGGAUGUUUCCAGAUAUCUGUACCUCACACCAGAGACCCUUUUUCAGAGAAAAUCAACAGAUCACCGUCUAAGCCUCAAUCCGGGCACCCCACCUCACCCAAGCUCAAGUUUCAAGAUUCUGUGACUAAGAGAAUUCUGGAUGGACGUGGACCCCUCUGACUGGGCUGGGCGGGUGUCCUCAGAGGGGCCUCAGGAAGCUCACAGAUGGACAAGCUCUUGCUCAGGCAGGAGUCAGAAGCUUGCAGGGGCAGUGGUCAGAACCUGUGAUCAAAGCAUUCCUUUCCUGCAUUUACCCCCUUCACCAUUAGUGGCUGGCCUUCUUUCUGCAUGCUGAGGUCUUUGUCACAUGGUGAUGGCUCUAAUCAUCUGGUGACAGCAGAUCUGCCUUUGUCCUUUUCUGGUUGAGGGUAAAAAUGUAUGACUUUCUCUGCUUGAUUGUAGACAAAGAGACUUUACUGUUCAGGCCUUUUCUUUUAGUUUUUGGUCCGAAGUCUGAGAAAAUAAGUUGACAAUAUUUUUUCCCCCAAAUGGGUUUCAAUUUUAAAAUGGUUUCACACUCUCUACCGUAAAUCACUUUAGGCCUUUCCUGUGAAGUGGGGUCGAUUGUAAAUAUGGGUGUGGACACUGUGAGCUUCGCAGGAAUUUUGGUUGCGGCUCAUCGAUUCCCAUGACUCUGUGUCAGCUGACAGGGCUGUAUGGGGCAUCGUAGGACCAGGCACUGUGGAGAGGAGUGUGCCGUUCACUGGCAUCUCACCCUUUCCUUGUCCUGCUCCACACCCAGUCCUAAGACCCAGUGAAAAGCAAUAUCCAAACUGCUCUGGGCUCAGAAGUGCCUGUCCAUGUACCAGGGAAAGGGUAUGCAUCCUACAAAGCAGACUCAGAGCGGAAAACCCACCCUCAGCCCGGUUUGCGCCCCCAAUCUGACUGUCCAAUCUAAAUCGGUGACUGCAGUCCUGCCUAAGGGACACUUUCUGUAGGAGUCCCUGUCAAGGGUUUAGUUUGCAUCAGUACACAGCAGGUACAGAGGCCAAGCAGAUGUGGGGACAGGGAACAUCAUUAUCUCCUUUUGUGUGAGGACAGGAGAGACCUUUUCUAUUUGUUCUACUCUGUAACCAACCUGGGUUACAGGCUCAGUGCAGUUAGAGGAGCCUCUAAUGUGCUCAGCAUUCCCUGGGGAAGGGCAGGGAACGCCUUAACCUGUUGACUGUUGUUCUGAGAAGUGGGGAGAAGCAGGAGGGUGUGGAAGACAGUCCGGUGCAGCUACGAGUGAUAGGCCACACCUUACAACCUGAAAAGUUAAGGACGUUGGUGACAUUCAUGGUGAAUGGUGCUGGGUGUGGGUCCUGUUCCACAGUCAGGGUCACCAUAGUAUGUGACUCAUGAAAACAGAAUCCUGGGGUCUGCUUCUCCCCACUCAGCCAAAGCAGGAACAUCUCUUCCAAAGCCAGGACGACCUGUUCACUGGCCCCUUGUCACACGCCACGCCCCCCACCUGCCUCACAGAGUACAAGUGUGCCCAACUCUGUAAUCCAAAUAUUUAUUUUUGUAUUCACUUAAAAAGUAUUGUUCUCAUCUUUUAUUAAAACAAGUUGCUUUUUCAUAAAA